AUGCUGGGGAAUGCUGUUAAGUCUAAAGCUGAGAUUAUUUAAAAUCUAUAUUCACUGCAAACAUAGAAUAAUCAGAAGCUAGAUGAAAUUUUAGUACAAAAUUCUAAACAACCUGCUAAUGAAGGUCUUGAUGAAAAAAUAACUAUGUUGAAUUAGAAACUUGAUCAAGUUUAAGAGAAUAGUAAAUAUGAACUUGAUAAAUAAUCUAAAGGAGUUGAAGCGCUUGAUGUACAAGUAAAAGGACUUGAUGAGCAAGUUAAAGAUCUUGGAACUCAAGUCAUUAAAAUUCAAGAUGACCUUGAAUUUAUUAAGAGCUCCUUAAUUUAAUUACUUCAAAAAUAAAAUCAGUGA